AUGGUUGCUAUGGAUGCAACUGCCUUUGAAAAUGCAACCAAUCAGACCAGUGCGCUGCCAAGCUACGUUGCAGUUGCUGUUGAGAACUGCACUGACAACGUGCACGGACUCAGGAAAUCCUACCUGCCCCCCUUGUAUGGCAUGAUCUUCUCAGUGGGAUUCCCAGGCAACAUCAUGGCGAUUUGCGUGUACACGUUCAAGAUGAGGCCCUGGAAAAGCAGCACCAUUAUCAUGUUCAACUUGGCCUGCACAGACCUCCUGUACUUAUCCAGCCUUCCUUUCUUGAUUCACUACUACGCCAAUGGAGAGGAUUGGGUCUUUGGAGACUUUAUGUGCAAGUUCAUCCGCUUUGGUUUCCACUUCAACUUGUACAGCAGCAUCCUCUUCCUGACCUGCUUCAGCAUCUUCCGAUACAUUGCAAUUGUCCACCCAAUACAGUCUUUUUCCGUUCGGAAAAAGGCAUGGGCUGUUGCGGCCUGCGUUGCAUCUUGGGUGAUUUCACUGCUGGCCAUGGGUCCUCUCAACUUUUUGUUUACUUCGACGAUAGAGGAGAACAAAUCUCUUUGCCUCAACCUUACUAGUUCUGAAAACGUGGAUGUUAUUCGGUGGUACAACUGGUUUUUAACUGGCCUGGCCUUCUACUUGCCAUUAAUAACGGUGACUCUUUGCUACACUGUGAUCAUCUAUACCUUGGCUACAGGGCCCCACACUCAAAACCCUUAUAAGCAGAAGGCUCGUAGACUUGCAUUUUUCCUCCUGGUGGUCUUUUAUGUGUGCUUUCUACCUUUCCAUAUUUUUCGGGUUGUUCGGAUUGAACUAAGGCUGUACCGAGUCAGCUGCGAUAUUGAAAACCAUAUCCAUGCUGCUUACAUUCUAUCCAGGCCACUGGCUGCCCUGAACACAUGUGGAAACUUGUUACUUUACGCCAUAAUCAGCGAUAAUUUCCAGCAAGCCGUUCAGUCUCUUUUGAGAUGCAAGUUGAGCAACUUAAUGCAACAGACAGGGGGCAGCAGUGACUUCAAUAGAUCUGGAAUAUUAAAAUUGUGA